ACGGUAUCCUUCUUGGGGGCUGGUGGUCAGGAGAUCACCAUCGAUUGUCCAAAGGAUACAUACAUCUUGGAGGCUGGGCUCAACAACGACGUUGAGUUGCCGUACACCUGCAGAGGAGGCAUUUGUGGGGCUUGUGUGGGGAGAGUGGCGGAAGGCGAGGUGGACCAGACUGAUAUCGAUGACCUGAGUUUCACUCUUGAUGAGGAGGAGAUUGCAAAGGGGAUGGCGCUGCUUUGCAUGGCGCGGCCGGUCAGUGAUGUGGUUCGCAUAGAGACACAGAGCGACUGGGGCUACAGCUUGGGAGUGGGGGAAUGGAAAGGCGCCACAGGCCACAUUGCUGGCAAGAACGUGGACCCUUUG